AUGAAAAGAAAAUUAGAUGAUAAUAUUAAUAAUCAAGAAAAUGAAAAAGAAUUUAAAAGAAUUAAAAGUAAAUGUUCAUGUCAGAAAUUUAAUAAAUUUAAUACAUAUUGUUCAUCAAGUAGUUGUAGUUGUAAAAAGAAUGGUAGUGGUUGUUCAACAUCAUGUAAAUGUAAAGGAACUUGUUGUAAUGGUAAAAACAAUGAUGUACUAUUCUUUAAAGUUUGGAGAAAUAAAUAUUUACGUAGAAUUAUAACUGGUGAUGAAUUAACUGAAAAAAUUCAAAAUAAAGAUAAAAUUUUAAAAGAAAUUGAAAAUAGAAGAAUUGAAAUUACAAAUGAAUUAGCAAAAUUUAAUUUACCAUUACGUCAAGAUAGUAAAUUAUGUCAAGCUUAUAUUUUAAAUGGUAAUGAUUUUAAUUCAUAUACAUUUACCGAUUAUCAACCAGACAUUGAUGAUUUUCAAGGUAAUGAUCAUGAUCAACAACAUUUUACAUUAGAAUCAAUUGUUAAAGAAAUGUGUAUAAUGAAAUAUCUUUAUGAUUAUUGUAAUCUUUCAAAUUAUUGGGAUCAAGUUAAAUCAAGUAUUUUUGAUGGUGAUAAUAAUUAUACUGGUCGUCAAUUUAAUUAUGUUUAUAAAGAUUCAAAAAGAAAUAUUUUAGAAACUGCCAAACGAUAUUGUAUACUUGAUCAUCCAUUACCAAAAAAUGAUAAUUGGCCAUGGUUAAAUAAAUCAAAUCAUAUUAAUAAUAAUAGUGUUAAAAAAGAAGUAUCAUCAUCAAAUGUAUAUAAAUUAUCACCAGUUAAAGUAAAACAAGAAAAUAAUACAACUAAUUUAAGUCAAUCAAUAAUGCAAAAUAUUAAUUAUCCUAGUUUUUUAAAAAAAAAAACAACAACAACAACAACAGCAACUUUUAAUACUACACCACCACCAAUGCCAAUUGCUCUUAAGAAUGAAAAUAAUAAUAAUAGUAAUAAUAAACUACUAUCAGAUAAUAAUAAAGUAAUGUCAACACCAUCAAUAACUAUAAAUACAAAUAAAUUACCAACUAAAAUAAAAGAAGAAGAUAAUAAUAAUAAUAAUAAUAAUAAUAAUAAUAAUAAUAAUAAUAAUAAUAAUAAUAAUAAUAAUAAUAAUAAUAAUAAUAAUAAUAAUAAUAAUAAUAAUAAUAAUAAUAAUAAUAAUAAUAAUAAUAAUAAUAGUAAUAGUAGUUGUAAUUCAUUUAUUCCAACUAUAAAGAAAGAAAAUAAUUAUGAUAUCUCUACUAUUAGUAAUAUUAUCCAAUAA